AUGCCGGAGAUAGAUGACUUCAAGCUUGAACCUCAGGCGUCAGUUGCCAAAGAUGUCGACCUGGGACAGAUGCUGGGGAUGGAAGUUACUCCACAACAGGAGAGAAAGGUGUUGCUAAAGCUAGACUUAAUAUUGAUCCCCUUAAUGGGUAUCUGUUAUAUGAUGCAAUAUAUGGACAAACUGGCUUUGAGUCAGGCAACAAUGUUCAACUUAAGAGAGGACUUAGAUCUACAAGGGACAGAGUACUCCUGGUCCUCAGCGAUCUUUUAUUUUGGAUACUUUGCGUGGAGUUGGCCAAGCUCCUACCUUAUUGUCCGCCUUCCCAUAGCCAAAUAUCUCAGCGCCUCAGUGCUCGUCUGGGGAGGGGUUCUCAUGUGCCAUGCGGCUGCGAAAAGUUUUGGUGGUUUGAUGGCCGCGCGUUUUUUUCUGGGAGUCGGUGAAGCCGCCAUCGCCCCAGGGUUUGCUCUAAUCACGGGAAUGUACUACAAGCGCGAGGAGCAGCCUGCACGCCAAGCUGCAUGGUUUUUUGGCAACUGUGUUUCCACCGUCAUCGGUGGUGUUGUUGCUUAUGGUAUCGGGAACAUCAAGGUUCAUGCCAUCUCGAGUUGGCAGUUACUAUUUCUCUUCUUAGGUGCCAUCACUGCCGCCAUAUCGGUCUUUCUCGUUAUACUCCUACCCGACUCUCCACAGAAAGCGAUCUUCUUGACCAAAACCGAGCGGACAAUCGCCGUGCAACGGACCCUUAAGAACAAGACAGGUGUAAUGGAUGGUGGAGACUUCAAAUGGAAUCAGGCAUGGCUUGCCGUUCGUGAUCCACAAACAUGGUUUCUUGUCCUGUACACAUUCUCCGUUAAUCUGUGCAACGGAGGUGUCACUAGUUUCUCUUCAAUUAUUAUCAGCGGCUUCGGCUUCACUCAAAUUAAGUCCCUUCUGAUGCAAAUGCCUCUCGGUGCCGCCCAAAUCGUCUUCUUGUUCCUCGCCGCCGGUGUCGCCACCCUCAUUCCCAAUACCCGAAUCAUCAUGAUGAUCCUCAACACGACUGUCUCAUUGGUUGGCAUGGUCCUCGUUUGGAAAUUAGAUGAAGAUAACCAAAAAGGUCGCUUGACUGGAUUGGCUCUGGGAGCCGUCUUUGCAGUCAACAUUCCCCUUGCACUGAGCAUCAUCAGUUCCAACGUGGCCGGCUUCACUAAGCGGAGUACGACAAGUGCCUUGAUGUUUGUGGCCUACUGUAUCGGAAAUAUUGUUGGACCUCAAUUCUUCCUUGACUCUGAGGAACCUCAUUAUCCUACCGGUAUGAAGGCUGCCAUUUCGGGCCUCGCCCUGGGGACCUUUUUCUUGAUUUGCUUGUUCGUUUAUUAUAUCUUCGAGAAUAAACGCCGAGACUCGGUGUAUGGUCCUCCUUCCGAGUUGACAGAGGAAGAGGAGCGGAUGCAAGGUCUGUCGAACAAGACGGACCUUGAAAUUGAAAGCUUCCGUUAUGUUAUAUAA